AUGGUGUUAAUACUGAAAAUCAAAUUAAUUCUGAAUAAUUACAAAACAUUCAGAACAAGGCGUUGUAUCGAUAAUGGUGAAAAUCUGAAGAUUUUAAACUUUGCGGAGAAUACUUUGAGAUUUUUGGAGAAGAAUGAAAGAUAUGGAGAAUAUUUGAAGUAUUUGAACGUGAGUGAUUGUAGUGUUGGUGAAAGUAGUGAUUAUAAACAAGAACACGUUUUUAAUGGCUUACUGGUUAAUGAAAAAGUUCCUGAUACUCACUGGGACGAAUAUAAGGCAGCAUUCAAUAAGGACUAUUCGAGUACUCAUCACGAAAGAUCGGCAGUAAAAAUAUGGAGAGAGAACCUGAAACGAGUGGCAAUGCAUAACCAGGAGUAUCUAGCUGGUCAACAAACCUAUACGCUGCAUCUUAAUCUUUUUGGAGACUGGCCAAUAGCAGCCUACAUCGCACAGUUACUAAAACUGAUAAAAACCAUUCCCCUGUACGAUCCGGCGGAAGACCACAAACGGACGACUUAUCGGGACAAUCUACACCGCUCGAUACCAAAAAAGGUAGAUUGGCGUGCGGAGGGCUACACUCCGAAGCGUGAGGAGCAAUGGCACUGCGGCGCGUGCUAUGCGUUUGCUGUGGCCCACGCGUUGCAAGCACAGCUUUAUAAGAAGCAUAGGAAUUGGAAGGAGUUAAGCCCCCAACAGAUAGUGGACUGCAGCUUUAGAGACGGCAACCUUGGCUGUGGGGGAGGAUCCCUCCAAGCUGCCCUGAGGUACGCCGCAAGAGAUGGGCUCACCACAGAAACCUACUACCCUUAUAUUGGGAGGAGAGGACGCUGCCACCACAACAGACUCAAAGCGAGAACUAGAGCCCGACGUUGGGCCACGCUGCCAGCGGGGGACGAAGCAGCGAUGGAGCGAGCGUUGGCCACCAUCGGACCGUUGGCUGUAGCUGUCAACGCUUCUCCUUUCACCUUCCAACUAUACAGAAGCGGUAUUUACAAUGACCCCUUCUGUGUUCCGUGGAAACUUAACCACGCGAUGCUCCUCGUAGGAUACACUCCAGACUACUGGAUCCUACUUAACUGGUGGGGGAGGCAAUGGGGGGAGGACGGGUAUAUGAGGAUUCGAAGAGGCUUCAACGUAUGCGGAGUUGCAAAUAUGGCUACAUAUGUGGAAAUAUGAAGAUAAUUUAAUCUAUAUUAGUAGAAUCACAAAGAAAAUUGUCUAUUGGUAUAAAAGAUCUUGUUAUAGUCAAUCUCUGUACACUUUGUAACAGUACACUGUAUCUAUAUCUAUCUACACAUAAUAAAUCUGUAGAGAGGUCAAUUCUGUAAAUGAAAUAUAUUUCCAAAAUAACCAUCAGGGAGUGAUUAGUGAUCGAUACUGAUGCGAAAAAUGCAAUCACUAAAAUUUUCGUGUGUCUGUAUGUUCGUUAUAGAAGCAAAAACUACUUGACGGAUUUUAACGAAACUUGGCACAAUUGUUCUUCAUACUCCUUACAUUCGGGUAAAUAAAGUCAAUGUUAAUUAAUUUAUACAUAAAAAGCAAAUAUUGACUGGAUAUUUGCAAAAUAAAUGAGUUUAUAAAAUUUCUAAAUCUAUUAAAAAUCUUUUAUCAUAAUUAGAUGAAAAUUCAUACAGUUUUAGCUUGCUUACAUUAAAUGUGACAUUUUUUAAUAAAUGAACAAUAAACAUAAACGCACAAAUAACAAAGAUAUUAGUAAUUUUGUUUGACCGCCCAUACAAAUCUAAGGAUCACUACAUUACGUACGACGUCAUUAGUUCGUGCCAUUUUGUAUGGGGCUUUUUUCAGGGAUCCGCGGCAGCGCCGCAAAUCUGACCCUUUAAAUCCCUGUAGCUCCGAAAGUAAUGAUCGCAGAUACCCUGUUACUUUUACAAAAUUGCUUUACUAUUUAUACUCUUAAUUUAUAUACAAUUUAAAAAACUGUCAUCAUCCCUAUUGCGCAAAAACAGUGCUUUUACAGUUAAAAUAACGCAAAAAUCAUGAACGAUGGAAUUUGUCUACAUUUAACGUUCUUUUGGUUCUAAAAGGGCAUAAAUACGGACGAAGUCGCGAGCAAAAAUAAUAUAAAAUUUGUAAUUUAUUUAGUUUAAGAUGUAAAUUUUAGUAUAUUUUAACUAACAUUGUAGUAAACUCGUCGACUACUUAUUAUCUAUUGUUACGUUUGGAAUAAAUUACGAACAUGAGUUAAAUUAACAUGGAAGUUUUAAUGACAAAAAAUACCGAAUCUACAUACAAAUAGAUUGCCUGCCAGACUUAUUCAAAUGUAUUAAUUACUAGCUGACGCCGCGCGGUUUCACCCGCGUGGUUCGCGUCCCCGUAGGAAUACAGUGAUAAGAUAUAGCCUAUAGCCUUCCUAGAUAAAUGGGCUAUUUAACACU